AUGAAUGCCGCGGAAACCCCUUAUUUUGGCGCACAAACACACGAUGACACACCCGAUGUUAACCAGAACCAGAUUGUGUUGGGUGACGUCGUCGUCGGUGUGCCUCGAGGAAAUGAAGGUGGUGUAGUACACUUCGAGCGCGGUGCCUGGGAGAGUAAGGGCAAGUUGAACCCCAGCGGUCAUACAUGUCCGCCAUCCCGCGCCUUGCUCACCGCGGUGCAAAAUGCUCAGGGUAGCCGUCCGGUGAGGGGUCAUAAGUCAGGCAUCAUCGCCUCCUCCAACGCACUUGUCAUAUCAAGCGAGAAGCGGAACCAGCUUUAUAAGGACCACGAGGCCAUUUGCUUCGAAAUGGAGUCGGCUGGCGUCCUAUUCGCAGUCGUCUCCGCCAUCGAGGGCGACCGGGAGACGGGUAAGACCAUGACAAUCACGGUUCCCAAGACCUCUGCCCUCCUUAGCGACGCCCAGCUCGGCGACUCCAUCGCCACCAACGGUGUCUGCCUGACAAUCACUUCGCUUACGCAAUCAACCCCUGCCUUCACGGUCGGUGUUGCGCCCGAGACCCUGCGCGUGUCGAAUCUCGACAGCCUGACGUCGGGAAGCCGCGUCAACCUCGAGCGCGCCGUGCGCGCGGACACCCGGAUGGGUGGUCACUUUGUGCAGGGCCACGUGGAUAUGGUCGCCCAGAUCGCCGACGUCAGAGCAGACGGCAGCGCGAGAACGAUACGCUUCAAGCCCGAGGACGACAAGUGGCUCAGGUACAUUGUGCACAAAGGUUUCAUCGCCCUCGACGGAACAAGCCUCACAAUCACCCAGGUGAACGAUGAAGAGGGCUGGUGGGAGAUUAUGCUCAUCGAGUACACCCAGGAGCGGGUUGUCCUUGCUCAAAAGGGUGUCGGUGAAACUGUCAACGUCGAGGUCGACAUGAUGGCCAAGUACGCCGAGAAGGCGAUGGCUGCUCACCUCACCGAAGGUAGCCAAAGCGCGAGUGUGCCUCUGUUAGAGAAGCUUGUACGCAGGAUUGUCGACGAAAAACUUCAGAGCCGAGCGUAG